AUGGGUAAACAGAUGGAUAGAAGAUUUAAUAAACAACAGAGAAGACCAUUCCACAACAAAGAUAACAGAAAACCAUAUCACAAUAAUAGACACGGUGGUUCGAAUAGAGGAGGCGGUGGUGGUGGUCGUGGUAGGAGAGAUGGUGGUUUUGUCCAACAUGAAAAGAAACCCUUCCAAGUCAGAGAGAGCCUGAAGGAGGAACAAGUGGGCAUAACUCAAUAUGUUAGCGAAGGUGAAGGAUUUACGGGUGUUUUAAAAUCACGUUUCUCUGAUUUUCAUGUCAAUGAAAUUGAUUUGAAUGGAAAAGUACUGGAGUUAAAUAAUUUAGAGAUUCCAGAAGCCAAAGAAGAAACACUAAGCCCCGAAGAAGCUGAAGCUGCCAAAGAAUCAUUGAAAGAAGUCAUCACCGAUGAAGUGUGGACACAAAUAAAGAACUUAGCUGAGGCAAAAUAUGAUCCCAAUGCUACAGCCGAGGAAUCCCACGUGUAUAUCGAUGUUACUGAAUUGGACAAAGACAAACGUACCGAUGUCCAUAAAAUAAUUAAGAAAUUCUAUGAGGGUAAAUUGGUUAGCUCCACUGUGGGUGGUGACCAAAUUGGCAAGGGAGAUGAUAAGAAAUUUAUACGUGUACAGAAACCUAAAGGACGUGAUCGUAAUCGUUGGACUUUCCCCGAGGAAUACGUUCACUUUUUGGUACACAAAGAGAAUUUGGAUACCAGUGAAGUGGCCGUGGCCAUGGCCAAUAAAUUGAACUUACGACCAUCCCAGGUGAACUAUUGUGGUACCAAAGACAAACGUGCCAAAACAACACAAAAAUUCUGUAUCAAAAAACGAACACCACGACAAAUUGUUGGUGCCAUUAAAUUUUUGAAUGGUGUAAAAAUAGGAAAUUUCGAAUUCUGUAAAGAAGUUUUGAAACUGGGACAAUUGAAAGGUAAUCGUUUCCGCAUUGCUUUGAGGCAUUUAACUGGCGACAGGGAUGCGAUUGAAAAAUCUCUUCAGAACGUCAAAGAAAAUGGUUUCAUCAAUUAUUUUGGUCUACAACGUUUUGGAAAUUCAGUUGAAGUACCCACCUAUGAAGUUGGUGUAGCGUUGCUGCAGGCUGAUUAUAAAUUGGCAUGUGAAUUGAUAUUGAAACCACGUGAACAUGAUAUACCAUUCCUAAAGAAUAUACGUGAAACAUGGUGGAAGGAACGUAAUUCGAAGGCCGCGGCGGAUAUGUUCCGUACAGAUCGUUUUAUUGAAAAGAAACUGUUGGAUGGUUUGGCCCAGUAUGGUGAAAGUGAUUAUGCCACGGCAUUGAGAAAGAUUCCCCGCAAUAUGUUGCUGUUAUAUCCUCAUGCCUUCCAAAGUUUAAUUUUCAAUCAGUUGGCUUCGCGGCGCAUCAAAGAAUUUGGCCUUAAACUCAUACCGGGAGAUUUGGUAUAUCGCAACAAAGAUGAUUUAGAUGUGGAUAUAGAAGUUACCGAAGUUUUACAAGAAGAAGAUGCCGAAGAAGAAUCCGCAACUGAAGAGUCAAAAGAAAAUGAAGAAAAAGUAACAGAAAACAAAGAAACUGAGACUGAAAAUACCGACAAUUCUGAAUCCAUAUUUAAACGUAAAGUUAAACCUCUCACCGAAGAAGAUAUAAAUUCUGGAAAUUAUAACAUAUAUGAUGUAGUAUUACCCUUACCGGGACACGAUAUCACAUAUCCCAAUAAUGAAAUUGCCAAAUGGUAUGAAGAAACUUUGGCAGAAUACAAUUUAAGUUCAGAGAAGCUAAAGCACAAUGUUAAAACCUUUUCAAUGGCUGGUGCAUAUCGUAAACUUCUGAUUAAGCCCACUGAAAUGUCAUGGGAAUUCCGUUCGUAUGCAACACCAGAAGAUACUUUAAUUCUAUCCGAUUUUGAAAAAUUCAAAGGCAAAUCUUUAGACGAUCUCAAGGGAAAACGUGGAGCCGACAAUGAAAAUAAAUAUCAAGCUUUAAUAUUGGACUUUUGUUUACCCACAGCUGCCUAUGCCACAAUGAUGUUACGUGAAUUAUUAAAAUGUGAUACUUCAGCGGCGCAUCAAACGGCAAUGGAAACGGCGGCGAUGAAAGGAAGUAAUGCCGAAAAGACUGUAGAAUCUAAAGCCGAAAAGCGAAGUAUUGAUGAUGCCAACGAAAAUCAAGACGGUGCUGAUGAUGAAAAGUCUGAGAAUAAUGAAGAUGUUUCAGCUGCCAAAAUUGCCAAAACUAACGAUGAUCAAGAAAGUUAG